AGUUAAUUUUGAAUUACUAAUAAAUUAGUGUGAGGAGAUUAUUACUGUGCUGCUCUGUUUAGUGUUUACAGAUCAUUCCUACACACAAAACUGAGCUAAGAUAGAAAGACAGCCAUUUCUAUUGAAGGCGGGAAAUGGAAUCGGAAAAAAAUUUAAUGCAGAUGACUCCACCCCUCCAAAGAUUCUAGGGCAAAAUUUCCCAAUUCUUUCGAAUAUUAGUAUUUAAAACUGUUGCCGCUGCUCAUUUCAAAACCAUCAAAAAUCCUCCACCCUCAGCGCCGGCAAGUUCAGAUUUUAGAAGAAAGAAAACCGAAUUAAGUAAUAUUCCGUUAUUGGUGUUCAGAAUUACUAGACGGAAAUGGCGGUUGAAGCAUCCCUAGGUAGUUCGGUGGCGUCUCCGUCGGCAGAGAAAUCAACCGGAAAACCGGCUGUCCGUAGCCAAGUUAGCGGUGACGGGGUACACUGCCAUCAGUGUCGUCAAAAAGCCAGGGUUCCAGUAGCAGCAUGCAAGAAUCGCAUGAAGAAGAAACCGUGUUUAGUAAAGAUAUGUAGCAGAUGCCUAUGGAACAGGUACAAGGAAAAGGUGGAGGAAGUAGCUAGUUUGGAGGAAUGGAAGUGCCCGAAAUGCAGGGGCGUUUGCAAUUGCAGUGUGUGCAUGAAGAGAAGGGGCCAUCAACCCACCGGUGCAGCAAAAGCGACUGGAUUCGCUUCCGUCAACGAGAUGCUAACUGCUGAGGGUUCAGAUAAUGGAAAGGUUGGUAAUUCCAUGAAUGGGUCUCUGGAAAAUGAUGUAUUAUCUGCUAGAAAGAAAGGGAAGGAAAGGUUGAAUGCAGAUGAUAAUACCUCUUCAAAGAGAAUGAAACAUUCUAAACUGACUGAAACCAGCCAGACUAUUCCUAUAGAAAUUGUGCUGCCAGUGGGAACAGACUUGACCAGUGUGGCUGGAAUUGAUGUACCUGCAGAAGAUGUUGGCAAUGCUUUGGAGUUUCUAGAAUUCUGUUAUGUUUUUGGAGAGAUCCUAAAAUUGAAAGAUGGGGAAGCAUUAUGUGUCCUUCAAGAUAUAUUUCAUGGGCGAACUGCAAAGCGAGGAAGAUCAUGUCCGGUUGUCCAGUUUCAUGUACACCUGCUAUCAAUAAUUAAAGAAGAGGGAGAGAAAUUUCCAAAGCGUCCGAGCACUUUGUUCAGUGUGCUGAAGAAAUGCUUGGCUGAAUCUGAACGUGUUCUUAAAGUGUUGGGGAUGAGUUAUUUAGAGAAGGCUGUUGACUAUGAUGCUUUAAAUGCUUCAGAAAUGCUUAGGGUCGUAAAUCUGCUAUGCAUUCAUGUUCUUGGCACGAAAAAGCUAAGAAAUUGGAUAGAACACCAAAAAACACAAUUUGACCAGAAGGCAAAGGAAGCUAAACUUAAGGUUUUUGAAGCAAGAGGCAAGAUAAAGACUUUGAAGCAGAAAAUAAAAGAGGACACUGCCAAAGCUAUUGAUGCUAGGGAUGGGGAGCAGGAAGCAAUUGUUUCUCUUAAUAGAUCUGCUGCAGAGCAAGCUCAUGGAAAGCUGCUUGAAUCAGAGACAAUGCUUUCGAAAAUUGAUCAGACAGCUGAUGUUAUAAGAGUAGAGCCCAUCUUCACGGACUGCAGUGGUCAUAUGUAUUGGAAAUUGAAAUGCGCUGAUGAAUCUGAUGUACUGCAUCAAGAUGUUGGGAAAGGGGAUACUCUUACCUUAAAUGAAAAAUGGUUUGCUCUCAGUGCUGAAGAAAAAAAAGAAAUUGAGAAGAAUAUUACUACAAGGGGAGAGUAACAGCACCAGGUCCUCGUCAUUCUCUGAUUUUGGCAUCCUGACCGGAAUCUCCUACUCCCUCCGCCCCAAGGAAGAUGACCCCUUCCUUGGGCAACACGGGGUUUUAUGCAGCUUUAUUUUUGUGUGUUAAGUGGAGAGAGUAAAGUAAGAGAGUGGGAAUAUAAUGCGUCAUCUUGGCUGGGACAAACCAAAAAGGAAAAUGCGUCAUCUUCAGUGGGACGGAGGGAGUACAUACAGUAACUCAUAACAUGCUAACGUUGUGGGCAUUGGUUUCUCAUAACUACAGCAGUGUAGUAGGUACUUGUUUAGAACAUCGUCUCCUUUUUUCAUAUUCAAGACAAUAUAUGCAGUCAACCAACAUUCUUUGAUUACCUUUACCAGUCAAUGUACAUUUAUACCAUACACUAAUAUAUCUGUUGGGCGUUUGCAUUAUAUGUGAAUACAAAUUGGAGGUUUUUAAAA